AUGGACUUUGACACUACCACGGAGCUCCUGGACUUUACUUUGGUCCAGGAUGUUCCAUCAGUGACAUUUUGCAACAUUUGCGACAAACCAUUCAGCCAAGAGAGUUCUCUGAAAAGGCAUCUCUCCUAUUGCCGACGGGCUCGUAAUCGCCCUCGCCUCAGGCCAAAGCCCUGCAAUGAAUGCAAGGCAGCCAAAAGUAAAUGUGGCCUUCAGGAUCGAUGUGACCGCUGCGUCAAAAAGGGCCUCGCCUGCACUUAUCCCCUUACCACCAGUUCGAGACACGCUGAAGCCGUGAACGCGCUUGCUUCAGUGUCUUCCCCACCACAUGGCGCAGCACGAAUCGCCCAACAUCAUACUUCCCUCCAAUUACCACGGCAACACGGAACUGAGGAACAGUACUCCGGCAAUGUAUUCUCCCAACUAUGGGAUAAUUCCAAACGCCCCUUGUUCGAAAAUGCCCUCGAUUUUUCUGGAUCCAACGGCAUAAACAUGGAUCCGAAUUUCCUUCUCACAGGUAGGAUUCACGAAAUAACCGUGCCAGGGGCGAUGAAUGACUGCCUUAUAUCGUCAACCAGCCAGCUUUCAUUCCCUUUGAGCCAACUUGGAACCUCAAACCCCGCCGCUGAAAGCCUAGCUCCCGUCAUUAGGCAGGCGAUCGCCUCGUAUCCCCUGAUGAUGCUGCGGAGAACAACCUUUCCGCCCUUCAUACACCCUCAUCGUGAUAAAAGUCGCCUACCUGAGCCCUUGGCCAACUGCAUGGGAAUCGCAGCGCUGUUUGCGUCGAGGAAUAAUGAUACCCGGCCUUUUCUGUGGAAGUCAAUCUGGGAGGAACAAGAACGGUGCCUUCGCGAAUUGCAGAUGCCAAAUUGGUCAAAAUACGAAAUAUUUGCUGCAAUGCAAGCCGAAAUCAUCUAUAUUAUGAUGCGCGUGGUGGAUGGCUGUGCGCGGACCCCUCAGCAUCGAGAGUAUAACAUGAACAUGCUGUUUGCAUACAAGGCCUUUUGGAACCAGUUGUUGGCGAUUGGUGUGGCAACCUGCGGCGUAGACCGUGCCAAUGGUGAAAUUGACUGGGAAGACUGGGUUAUGGAGGAGUCACUCACGAGGAUAGCGUGCGUGUGGUUUAUUGUUGCACAAAUAAGUUGCGUCAAGGUCGGCAUUGACUGCAGUGUUUUGGAGGUCUGGGACACCCUUCGACUUCCGUGUCACAAAGCACAAUGGGCCGCUACCACACUUGAAGAUUGGAAGGAGGAAACUGAUGCGCUUCAAUAUCUGCACAGCCGCGGCAAGCCGCCUACGAAUUUCGCGGAGCUAUACCAACUGAGCCGAGGAACGAAUGGAAUGGCCGGGUCGGAUAGACUUGACUCUUGGAACGCUGGAGUAGACAACAUUGGGGUUCUAUUGAAUGUGGUCGUCAACAUGUUGUAA